UGCGGUUACAGACUAUUCAAUUACAUGUUCUCUAACAUCACUCGUGAAAUUGGGAGUGUGAAGAAGAGCCACUGUUUCAGACCAUGGAGUUUCUUGUUUAUUCUUUUGUUCUGCCUUUUCCAACAGCCUGAAUCAUGACAUGACAUUGACAGAGUUCAAGUUCAUCUGGUACAUGGAGUAUUCACACCGCAUGUGGGGCCGGGUUGUAGGUUUGGCCUAUAUUCUGCCUGCUGUCUACUUUUGGAGAAAAGGCUGGCUUAGCCGCCCAAUGAAAGGACGUGUCCUUGCCCUCUGUGGGCUCGUCUGCUUCCAGGGACUGCUGGGCUGGUAUAUGGUGAAGAGUGGAUUGGAAGAGAAGCCGGAUUCUCAUGACAUUCCCCGAGUCAGUCAGUACCGCCUAGCUGCACAUCUAGGCUCUGCUCUAGUUUUGUACUGUGUCAGUCUGUGGAGUGGACUCUCCCUGCUGCUCCCACAACACAAAUUACCCGAAACCCAUCAGCUCCUCCGCCUGAGACGAUUUGCUCAUGGGACAGCAGGUCUUAUCUUCCUCACUGCUCUCUCAGGUGCCUUUGUGGCAGGACUGGAUGCAGGCCUUGUGUAUAACUCCUUCCCCAAGAUGGGGGAGCGCUGGAUCCCAGACGAUCUCCUCUCCUUCUCCCCAGUGCUGGGGAACGUCUUUGAAAAUCCUACCACUGUGCAGUUCAAUCACAGGAUAUUGGGGGUCUCCUCAGUCACUGCCGUCACAGCACUGUAUCUCCUCUCUCGGAAGAUCCCCCUACCGCGCAGGACCAAGAUGGCUGUGGCCUCCUUACUAGCUGUGGCGUAUAUGCAGGUGGGCCUGGGCAUCAGCACCCUUCUCCUGUAUGUCCCAACUCCUCUGGCUGCCACUCACCAGUCGGGCUCCCUGGCACUGCUCACCAUGGCAUUGUGGCUUAUGAACGAACUGCGCCGGGUCCCAAAAUAACUUGGCUUCAGCUGUGCUCUCCAAGGAAGUCUAGUUCUUUUCCCCACUGCACUGAGGUUGAUGCUCUGGCUGGUUGUUUUUUUCUGUGGUGAGUGACUUUCUGGGAUACAAAGGAUCUCUGAGUGGAGCAUUCUGCGAGCAGGAAUUUAGACUGACCAUUUGCUAGUCUGUUUACUGGGACUAAUUUUUGACUGUAAGAUCACGUGCACUUUUGAUUGUACGCUUUGUAACAUAAAUUAAUUUAUCAAGAUGCUUGUCUUUGGCUCGAUCCCUGGAUCAUGGGAUUGGGAAGUAAAGGAGUGGCUGGUGGGACUACAUUCUCUGGGGGGACAGCUGUAUGUGCUGUAGCAUCUUAGCUCUUGUCUGCACUAAAGAGUUUUGUCUAAAGAA